GAAGAGAGAGAUUGAGAUUGGUCUGUAUGUGCUCAUUCACAGAGUGGACUGCAGCAGCCUCUCACAUGAGAUUGUGGAGCAGGUCCUCAGUGCUCUCUCCAGACAAAAGUCUGUGGGUAAAGUCCAUCUGUCUGUGACGACCAUCACUGGCACCACCGCAGCCCUGUGCUUGGACUUCAUUCAGAACACAGAGACGUGCCAUGAGUUUACGCUUCAGGAUAAUUCAAGGCCACCCUCCUCCUUUCUCACUGUGAAGAAAGACUCCAGAGGCCUCAGGCUGGAUGUAAAAUCACUGUUGCCUUCCACAACAAUGUCACCUGCUUCACUUACCCUGUCACAAGCCAACAACCCAACCAGCGACAGCUUUACUGACUUCAUCCACAAGUUUCGCGAUGUCACAGGUUUAAGAGCAAAUCCACAUAGGUCUCCAGAUGACUGUAUGGGUGUUCUUGAGUCCUUCACUGACUGGAGACUCGAGACUCUGCCUGAUCUGGAGAAGGUGGAGUUGAAGGUGAGAUGCCUGACUGAGAGCUGGGCCCGCUGGAUCCUCAACCUCAUCCACACGUGCCCCACUCUGAAGGAAGUAGAGUUACACACAGGUUUCGAAGAAGGUCUCUUACUGGAGGAGGGGAUCAGUCUUCUGCAGGAGUCUAAUAAGCGUCCAGAUUGCACUGUGAUCCUCAAUGGGAGGAGAUGCACUAAACCCAGUGGGAAGUGUGGUGAGGGAGAUGAGCCCAAACUGGACUGCAACCAGCGUGUGAAGAUCCAAAUGAGGGGGUCAACUGAAGAGGAGAUUUAGGGCCGUAAUUGUACUGCACAAUGAUUGUGUUCGGCUCUUCAUGGCCUCUCUCCUAGCUACAUCUCUGAUCUCUUAGUCCCGGAGCAUUUGCAGUCAGGGCCCCGAGGCUCUGGAACAAUCUGCCUGAGGAAGUCAGGUUGGCAGUCUGUGUCUUCCUUAGAGUCCCUUCUUCAAACAAAAUUUUAUAGGAGAGUUUUAAUUUCCUUUGAAUUGACUUUUAUUUCCUUAAAAAAAUGUUUGACUGUAUUGGUGGAGCGAUCUAUAAUUUUUAUAUGGCUUAUAAUUGUUUUAUCUGUUUCCUUUUCAAACCUGAUGAUUUCAUGAUUUAAUGUUGCUGCCUCUGUGGAGCACUUUGUAAACGGUGUCUAUAAAUAAAGAUAAUUAUUAUAUGAUUAUCGAUA